AUGCGUCUCGAAAAUCACACUCAUAUUCGCCAUAUUAUGCUCUACCACUACGAGAAAGGAUGGAUCGCAGCCCAGUCAUUUCGCGAUCUCAACGAACAUUUUGUCAAAGGAACAAUUACUGAUAGUGCAGUACGGAAGUGGUUCAUUCGCUUUAAAUCAGAUGACACUAUCUACGACGACUUGGAUGACUUGGUGGCUGAUAUCAAAGCGUGGAUUGCCUCCAAGAAUCGUGACUUCUUCGCACGUGGAAUCGACCGACUGCCAGGCAAAUGGGAAGCAGUUCUUGAAGUGGAUGGUGACUAUGCUCUCGAAUGA